AUGCCGCAGACUGAGAAGGAAAGGAGACCUUCUCGUUCCGGCAACCGGAUCACCAACUUCUUCACUUCACCAAAGGGCGCCAAGGAUAAGGACCACCAGACUGCCCAUCAGGCUCUCUUGGCCAUGCAGCAGCAAAAUAUUUCUUCCACCCAAAUCACUCCCUCCACCAUCUCCCUGCCUACCAUCUCUCUCUCGACCGCCAAUGCGAACGAGCCCGACAACAGCGAGCCCCCGACGACCCUUUUUUCGCCUCCCUCCGCCUUCGAGACGGAGAAGAAGCGCCGCUACGAUGCUCAAUUCGGUCCCCUCUUGCACCCUAGCCACCGCUACGUGAGCAAGUCCAACGAUGGAAAGCCUCUCGACCCGCCCAUCAUUGAUGAGCCGCCUUACUACUACAUCCUCACCACCUACAUCAGCUACCUGCUCCUCAUUCUCUUCGGCCAUGCUCGCGACUUCUUCGGCAAGAGGUUCGGCGACAAGAAGCACUACCAGGCUCUCAAGCCUCAGAACGGCUAUGCGCCCUUGAACGAGGACUUUGACAACUUCUACGUCCGCCGACUCAAGAUGCGCAUUGACGACUGCUUUGCCCGACCCAUCACCGGUGUUCCCGGCCGCUACAUCACCCUCAUGGACCGCGAGUCCAGUGACUACAACCGAACUUACAACUACACCGGAACCCACACUGAGACCCUCAACAUGAGCUCUUACAACUACCUUGGCUUUGCCCAAUCCGAAGGUCCCUGUGCCGAUGCCGUCGAGGAGUGCGUCAAGAAGUACGCUCUCAGCACUUGCAGCCCUCGCGCCGAUGUUGGUACAUCCGACCUGGCUCUCGAGGUCGAGAAGGAAAUCGCCAGUUUCGUCGGAAAGCCCGCUUCUAUGGUCUUCUCCAUGGGUUUCGUCACCAACGCCUCGUCCUUCCCUGCUCUCGUCUCCAAGGGUUGCCUGAUUCUCUCCGAUGAGCUCAACCACGCCUCCAUCAGAGUCGGUGCUCGUCUGUCCGGUGCCGUCAUCUCCUCCUUCAAGCACAACGACAUGAUUGAUCUCGAGCGCAAGCUCCGCGAGGCCAUCUCUCAAGGACAGCCCCGCACGCACCGCCCGUGGAAGAAGAUUUUGGUUGCCGUCGAGGGUCUCUACUCCAUGGAGGGAACCAUGUGCGACUUGCCCGGUAUCAUGUCUCUGAAGGACAAGUACAAGUUCUAUCUCUUCAUCGACGAGGCUCACUCCAUUGGUGCCAUCGGUCCCCGCGGACGUGGUGUUUGCGACUACUUCGGCAUUGACCCUAGCCGUGUUGACAUCCUCAUGGGUACCCUCACCAAGUCUUUCGGUGCCAACGGUGGAUACGUCGCUGCUGAGAAGUCCAUUAUCGACAAGCUGAGGAGCACCAACGCCGCUACUAUCUACGGCGAGUCGCCCGCCCCCUCGGUUCUCAUGCAGAUUCUGGCUUCCCUCCGUCUCAUCACUGGCGAGCUUUGCCCUGGUCAAGGUGCCGAGCGCCUGGAGCGUAUUGCUUUCAACUCUCGCUACCUCCGCCUGGGUCUUAAGCGUCUUGGCUUCAUCGUCUACGGCCACGACGACUCCCCCAUUAUCCCCGUCAUGCUUUACAACCCUGGAAAGAUGCCCGCAUUCAGCCACGCGAUGCUUAAGCGCAAGAUCUCUGUCGUUAUUGUCGGCUACCCCGCUACGCCUCUCAUCAGCUCCCGCGCUCGUUUCUGUGUCUCUUCGGCCCACAACAAGGAGGAUCUCGACAGAUUGCUCCAGGCUUGCGACGAGAUUGCCGACCAGCUCCAGAUCAGAUUUUCCACUGGUGUUGCUGGUGGCGCCGAGCCUCUCCCCGAGGGUGUCACACCCGAGACGGAGAAGGAGUGGCGCAAGGCGAACGGUCUCGAGGGCGUCUACAAGCCUCCCCGCUGGAAGCUCGAGGACGUCAUUGCCCGCGGUGUCCAGGACUGCAAGACCAUUCUGCGAUAA